GGUUGUCCUGUAGGGUGCUCGCUGAGCAGGGAGCACGCUGUGGAUGUCGGGCCAGAGGAAGGGGGACGCGAGGAAUGGCUGAAAGCUGGCGGUGUAAUCCUCCAGGAAACUAACCAGAACGACAAAUCAUUGCCAAGUACUGCAAGUUUACCGAUUAAAACACUGCAUUGUUAACCUUCCGCGGAUACAACGAGAUACCCGGGCUUGAUUUGCUUAUUUAUGGGACAACCGAAACGAAAAAAAAAAACCGCAAGGUAGCCUACCGUUUCGUUCGCCAGGGGUGCUACUUGUUUUCAUGGACCGUACGACAUGGAGACGUGAGAAAUGUUCAUAAAGCAUUUCUCGAGGACUAUCUGCUACAUUCGGACACUGAAAGGGAAACGCUGACAUUUCCUCUGUGAUUCAGAAUGUAUUAACUAUUCAUAUCAGUUUGUUUUGAGAGGAAAGAAGAAGAAGAAGGCUUUAUCUCAUGACACAUCCAAGAACACAGCCACAUGAAAAGUCGACGGAGGGAGAAGAUUAGCCAUUAAGGGACUUUUUGCUUCCACCUGACCCGAAGAGAAAAUGCGCGCCUUUGUUAUUUGGAUAUUUGUAUCGUGCUAUUUUCUUGGUUUUGGUGCCACUGCUCAAGGGCAGUCCACCCCGUCUAUUUGUUCCCCCUCGUGCCACUGCGAUGAAGAUGGGCUUGUUGACUGCUCCGGGAAGGGACUUAUUGCUAUUCCAGUCGGUUUAAGUGCUUUCACGUACCAUCUGGAGGUCAGCAUGAACAACAUCACUGAAUUGCCUGCAGACGUGUUUAAAAACUUUCCCUACCUGGAAGAACUACGCCUGGCAGGAAAUGACCUUGCAUUCAUCGACCCGUCUGCCCUGUCCGGACUGAAUCAGCUAAAAAUCCUGAUGCUCUCAAAUAAUCAACUGAAGACUGUCCCCAGUGCAGCUCUGAAAGACCUCCAUGCUCUGCAGUCUCUGCGAAUGGAUGCCAACCACAUCACCUCGGUCCCAGAGGACAGCUUCAAAGGACUUCAGCAGCUACGCCACCUCUGGUUGGAUGACAACAACCUUACGGAGGUUCCCAUUGGUUCCCUCCGACACCAGGCCAACCUCCAAGCAUUAACAUUGGCACUCAACCGCAUCUCUUACAUCCCAGACAAUGCUUUUGCCAACCUUACCAGUCUGGUGGUGCUGCAUCUCCAUAACAACAGGAUAAAAGAGAUUGGGGAGCACUGUUUCAACGGGCUGGUCAAUUUAGAGACAUUAGACCUCAACUUCAACAACCUCAUGGUUUUUCCCAGAGCAAUAGAGGCCCUGCCUAAACUCAAGGAACUUGGUUUCCAUAGCAACGAUAUAGCUUCCAUACCUGAAGGUGCCUUCCACAAAAACCCUCUGUUGCGAACCAUCCACCUCUAUGACAACCCUCUGUCGUUCGUCGGGGCUACAGCUUUCCAGAACCUAACCGAACUGCACUCUCUGAUGCUGCGUGGCGCCAGUCAGAUGCAGGACUUCCCAAUCCUUACUUCCACUAACAACCUGGAAAGUCUGACCCUAACUGGCACCAAAAUAUCCUCCAUUCCAGCCCAUUUGUGUGAAGACCUGAAGUUGCUUCGCACAUUAGACCUGUCCUAUAACCAGAUAGAGGAGCUGCCGUCUUUCCACGGAUGUGUCGCACUGCAGGAGCUAAACCUGCAACAGAAUCACGUUCAACAAAUCAACCGAGACACUUUCCAUGGACUCGGCUCUCUUCGCUUGCUAGAUCUGAGCAGGAAUGGCAUGGUAUCCAUCCACAGAGAUGCUUUCCUCUCCCUGACCGCACUUACAAACCUAGACCUGAGUAUGAACUCUCUCACGGGGGUCCCGACAACGGGUCUGAAUUCGCUCAGCCAGCUGAAGCUCUCAGGGAACCUGCAGAUGAAAAAUAUGCUGAGUGCAAAGAGCCUGCCGAAACUGAGAUCACUCUCUGCGCCGUAUGCCUACCAGUGCUGUGCUUUUGCGGACUGUAGCCCCAUGAUGGGUCAUUCAGAAGCUGACGACCUGAAGCAACCCACAGAUGGGGAAGAUGUUGAGAGAAUCUCAAUGAUAAUGCGCUGCACCCCCUCACCAGGAGCGUUCAAGCCCUGCGAGCAUCUCCUGGGCAACUGGAUGAUCCGCGUGACGGUGUGGUUCAUCGGCCUGGUGGCGCUGGUCUUCAACUCUCUGGUGCUGGUGGUCACGUUCGGCCCCAUGCGUCGGGCCUCGGGCCCGGGCCCCUGCCGCCCCCAGGGCUCCUCCCUCUCCGGGGCCCGGCUGCUCACGGGCCUGCUGGCCCUCGCCAACCUGCUGACGGCGCUAUACGUGGCGGUGCUCUCCCUGCUGGACCUCGCCACCUGGGGCUCCUUCGCCGAGUUCGGCGUGUGGUGGGAGAUGGGCCCGGGCUGCGCGCUCGCCGGCGCCCUGGCCGUCUUCUCCUCGGAGUGGGCAGUCCUCCUGCUGGCGCUGGCCGCCGUGGAGCGCGGCGCGGCGGUGCGCGCCGUCCUCCGGAAGAGCGCGCCGUCCCCGCGGCGGGACGCGCCGGCCUGCCUGCGGGGGGACCGGCGCUUCGGCGCGGCGGCGGGCGCGCUGGCGCUGGUGGCCGCCGCCGCCGCCGCCCUGCCCCGCGCGGCCUCCGGCGAGCCCUCGGCGUCGCCGCUCUGCCUGCCCUUCGCCGGCGGGCGGGGCGCGGCGCUGAGCGUGGCGCUGGCGCUGGUGCUGCUCAACGCCCUGGCUUACCUGUUCACGGCCGCCGUCUACACCCAGCUGUACUGCCGGCUGGGCCGCACCGCCCUGGCGGACCCGGGGCAGAGCGGCGCCCUGCGCCACGUGGCCUGGCUCAUCUUCACCAACUGCGUCUUCUUCUGCCCCCUGGCCGCCUUCUCCUUCGCCCCGCUGCUCGCCGCGUCGGGCGCGGCGGCCGGCGGGCCGGAGAUCGCGAAGUCGGUGGUGCUGCUCUUCUUCCCGCUGCCCGCCUGCCUCAACCCCGUGCUCUACGUCUUCUUCAGCCCGGCCUUCAGGGAGGACUGGCUGCGGCUGAGGGCCGGGGCGCGAGGGGGCGGGGCCAGAGGGGGCGGGGCGAAGGCGGUCGCCGGGGCCCAGGGCGCACGAGGGGGAGGAGGAGGAGGAGGCGCCGGCGGCGGGCCCGUGGCGCUGGGGGCGUACGGCUGCGGCGGGGCCUACGCGCCCCUCUGCGGGGAGGCGGUGGCGGUGUGUGCGCAGUGCGAGGCGGCGCUGCGCGCCAGGACCUGCGCCUUGCCUCCCCCCACCUCCUCCUCGUCCUCCUCGUCCUCCUCGUCCUCCUCCGCCUGCAGACACUUGGUGAAGUCCCACAGCUGCCCCACGCUGAUGGCGGGGGCAGCGGCGCCGUGCCCGCGGUCGGAGGGCUACUGGGCCGACCGCGGCACGCCCUCGGCCCAGUCGGAGUGCGCCGACGAGGGGGACUCGUUCCUGUCCGACAGCUCGGACCAGGUGCAGGCCUGCGGCCGCGCCUGCUUCUGCCAGAGCCGAGGCCUCCCCCUGGUGCACUACUCGUACAACAUACCUCGCAUCAAGGACUAAGACAGCCCGCCGGAGGUGUGUGUGUGUGCGUGCGUCUGUGCGUGCGUGCGUGCGUGCGUGCGUGCGUGCGUGCGUGCGUGUGUGCGUGCGUGUGUUCGUGUCCGACGAGCCUCGUUUGUGUAAUGUGCAGACUACCCUGUCAAUAGACUCUUCGGAAAGCACUUAUUUUUCUAAACAAAACGCCUAAAGGGAACGGUGUGUCAUGUGAACUGACAGGGCCGCUGCUGGUGUUCCAGGAUGUAACUGAGCGUGCGCGCGAGCUAGCCAAGAAGGAUGUCACUCAGGAGGUCCUUGCUACCAGUGCCUGCUUCUCGGUUCAAGUUGGACUAAAUAUGAGUAUCUUACGGACCUCAACCUGUCACUUCUAGCUACGGUUCUUGUGCCCAUUUCCGCUUCACCUGUACGUGCUAUUAGUGCUCAAAUAUCGUCUAUAUAUAUAUAUAUAUAUAUUAUUUUAAACUUCUAUGUCGCUGUGGAACUUUAUGGUAAUUGUAGCAAUGGUAUUCAUCUUCAUUUGUUUAGUUUUAAUGAACUGUACCUUCAGGAGAGGUUUGGGGGUAAACAGAGAGAGAGGGGUCUUAAAGGUAGGGGGAUAGGAUAAGGACAAAUCGUGCAGCACACCAAACCCUUCUCAUCUAAUCGAAAUCCACUCUUCCUUCUCUGUCACGGUUAAGUACCCUGUACUUGCAUUUUGUGAAAGCAUGACAAAUGAUUCGUCAUUUAAUCAGAAGCGUUUUUUCACUGUACAAAAAAGUAUGACAACGAAUGUGAUAAAAAAGUAGCCAAUAUCACUGUUUUUCCAACAGCCGUGCUGGGUUGUAUCGUGUGCUGCUUUAAUUUAUUAUUUUGUGCAGCAAGAAUGUGUGGGUCGCAGUAACUUCAGGUAUAUGAAUGGUGGCCUUUGGAUGAUGAAUGCACAUAACCCCAGCACUCGCUACCAUUAGAGCACCUCUCGUGAAAAUUCAAUCCAAAUACUUUUUCCUGUUCCUUUUGUAUGUUAGUACUGUAAAUUUUCAAUGAUGGCUCAACAUGUAAUUUGUAGUCUUAAGUUGCACAUAUUGCGUGCUCACAGUCCGAUUCAAAUUUAGUAGUCGGCGAUUGACUCGUUUUUCAGCAUAAUCUUUGUAAUAAAAUGAACUUCAUACAUAACUAUCGCGGUAGGGGGCCAUCUAAUGGUUAUCGGUGUAACUUUUCCUCCGAGGACAUUUUGUGCGAGAUGCUACAUAGGGUGGUGCGGCGGGUGUGGUGUGCUCUGUGCUGGAGCAUGAGUGCACAGACGCUAUGGUGGAAACACCCAUGUAGCAUGUAGCCACAUGCUGUGCCACAUGGAUGCAGGUCACCUGAGAGCUCAGGAAUUUAGGCAGUGUAGGGAAAGUCAUCUAUCAACAAAUUGUUCUUCUGUCCACGUUAUGCAUCGGAAUUACUCGCUUUGAAUUUAUUUUCUACAGGCUUUUUUAUAUGUUCCGACGUUUCCUUUGACACCAAACCUUAAUUAUUUUCCUCUGUUCAAAAUGUCAGUGUACUUUAGAAAUGUUAUUUUGGUUUGUGUAUGUAAAUUAUUUUCAAAGAAAUCUAACAAAUCAAAAUGGGAUGCGAACUAAGGGAGCUACCUCUUCCAGUCUGUUUUUCCUAUUGUUAUUAUAAUGUUCCUUGCAUUUCUGGCUUCAUGUUGAUGCAUCUGGCUGUAUAUCAUAAUUUCAGUUAGGUGCAAUUUGUGGUAGGAAUGUAUGUACUAUAUACUGUGAUUUCUUUCUUUUUUUACCAAUUAUAAACUAUUAAAGUUCCUUUGCAUUUGUUUAUUUUAGUUUUGUUUUAUUUAAGAAAGAAGUUAAAUUCAGGAACAACAAAUGUUUUCAAGGAUAUUCAAACAGGGAGACAUUUUUCAAGAUGUCCCAUUAGCAGGUGGUGCUAAAGAUCUCUAAUGCUACAGAUUUUUACGACUUCGUACUCAGUAAGAGCCCGAGACCCCUUUUCCUUUUGUUAAUCCUAACGGUUAAUAUACAAAUGUUGUGUAGUAAAUUAAACAACACUCAUCUUGCAGACAUCUGUCGAUUGGAGAAACUCUUUGCCCCAAUGUGAAUUGUAUUUAACCUAGUCAAUUUAAUGCAUCUACCAUGCAGGCAGUUGUGGCCACAAGAGUCAUUCCGGGAUACACUAAUCCCAUCUUUUCAGAAAAGGUAAAGAAAUCUAAAGACAUAUGUAUUCACUUUGCCAAGUUGUUACUGUAAUGUAACAGGCAAUCUGCCGGGACUCCACCUGCUUCUCUUGAAGGCACAGGCAAUCACUUUGGAUUAUGAUUUAGCAGAUGGUUUUAUGCAAGUCCCUUUAGGCAUCUGUUAAAUGGCUAAAGGUAAUGUUCUUCAACCCCCAGCCUGCUGCUAGGGGAGCUACGGAUGGAGUAAAGUCCCGGAGCGGUACAGUAGCUUAAUGACCCAUGAUGUGGACCCAGGUAAGAUACUGAGCAUAGCUUUUGAAUUGGUUUUGAUUUGCCUUUAUUCAAACUUGUUAGGGUCAAAGUAUGUUAAUUUGGCAAAUUUGAAACCGUACUUGGUACAUACAGAGGGGACUGGUGUGUUACAUUUAAUUAUAUCCUGGUAUUUGGGAAGAAUAGAGAAUUACUUACAAUUCGUCGAAGACCAAAUUAAGAAACUGCAUUUCUCCCGGUCUUCAUAAAUAUCUGAAGACUAGUCUUUUCUGGGAACAUCUCACCGGCUGGUAUCGUUUUUUAUAACACUAAUAUUUAGAUGAAAUAACUAUACAGGUGGCGGUCACCUCUUGAAACAAGUAUUGUAAAAAUGUGAUGAUUAUUGCUAACAUUUCCUUUUUUGUUUCCAUUUGUAUUUGCUUUGAUAGUUCUCAACCUCAGAUGUAAAUCUAUAAAAUCCUCUGCUAAAUGAGUUUACUGAUGGUGCUGUAUUUAUAGGAGAUUUCAUUGCCCAACAAAUGUUUCCACUUAUAUCCAUAAUCAAGAAUCUUCUUGCAAUGCAGAAGGACCAAAGAGACACAAUGUAAAGAGUUUACAUGAGUCUUCUAUGGUAAACCUCACUCCUGAAAGCUUAAAUACACUUAAAUUUGCCAACCCAUAUGGCUGCGUUCAUUUAGUUUAGCAGUGUUGGCCUUCCAAUCCCGGGGUGUUGUAUUGUGUGGUCGUCAAACAACCUUCCAUUACACCAGUCCAACGGCCGACUAACCUUAUUUGAUUAUAGUCUUUUAUUUCUCUAUACCCUGUCUUUGAGCACAUCUGUUAUACUUCUAACACCCUUACCUUGGAACCAUCUUUAGAGAAGAGAUACAACAGCGCUUCAACUUAAUCACACAUAUAACCACUCUCUAACGUUAUACAUGAAGAUAACCAUCUCUAGCCUCGUACCUAAAUUUAACUACCAUUAACUAAAUACCUACACAUCACCAUCUCUAACAUGAACUAUCAAACCUAAACUUAACCAUCCCUCACAUAAUACCUAAACUUAACAGUCUGUAACCUAAACCAAACCAUCUCGAAGAGGGCCUAAAUGUAAUCAUAACUGUAUACGCUGUUAACAUGACAAAUAAUAUUGGAUUAGGUUUAGGUUGUCGUGAGGUGUCGUAAGCAAAGCGUUACCAGGCUUCUAGGUUGCAUCACAACCAACUGGCUGUAAUCACAUCAGUCUACCUACUUUUUAGCAGUAUAACAUAGGAUUGAAUGCGUUUAAUUACUGUUUUCACAGAUGUUUUUAUUAUUUCUGAAUACUAAUACUGAAUGCCAGAACAAAAAUCCACAAACCAGCCGAAUGAUAAAUAAGACUGAGACAAGCAGUUCUCAUUAUUGGUAAAUAGGUCACACAAAAUGGUAAGUGGUCAAAACACAAAAUGUGAAAAAUAACGGAUAUCAUCGUAUUUAUCUUGAACACAUUUGCCCACUUGGCCCUGAAAUCCCAGGCUCUUCUUCAGUCAGAUUCUCCACAUUUCUCUUUUUUUUCUUCUCUCUUUUUUUCCUCUUUAUAGAUUUGAGCUGCAAGACAAGACAGAAAGGUGUGUUUUUAUAAAUGGCCACAAGCAACGGUCACAGUGGACCCAACAUAUUCAAGUCGGACUUAAACUCAACACAGCAGUUACAGGUGAAAGCAACCUCAUUGAAAAAGUAAAGGAGGAGAAGGCAUCGGCGGAUCAGUGGUAGAUUCCUCUGAGGAAGCAUGUCAACACAGGUUGAGAUGCAUAAGCAGGGCGCAGUGGCGUCACCCCUUUUGCUCGGGGCGUGGCGGUUCCGUCCCGGUGGUUUCACCGGUGUGAGGCGGGGGUUGGCUAUGCUCUUGUGUCAUACUCACAGCGAACUUCGAGUUUACACUCCACGACGUCCUCGCCGCUGUCGUUCACCGCCUUGCAGGUGUAGACCCCCCCGUCAAAGGUGCAGGGCUUGCGUAUCUCCAGGGUCAGGACGCCUUGCUUGCUGAACAUUCUGUAUUUUGCCUCGUUGGAGAUGUCCAUCUUGUUUUUGUACCAGGUCACUUUGGGCUGAUGAAGCACAAACUAUUGUUACAUAUCAAGUCGUUGUUGCCGUAGAUGUAACAAUUAACCUGAAAUAACAUGUCAUAAGCAUGGAUAACAUAAGCUAAAGAGUAGCAUUCACACGCUAAUAAAUGUAGAAGUCCUUUGGAUCACUGACUAGGGAACAGGGACCAGUGGCAAUUCAUCUUUUUGUUUUGUAAUGUUUUAGGAUAGGACAUCAAGCACCAUAAUCAUCGGUUGAUGAGGAUAAAGUUUGAUUCACAUUCUCCCCUGACACAGUUAAGAUCCCCCAAAUCAGGGUAAGGAGGAAUUGUAAUCCUCAGAGGAUGGAAUGUUGUGGCGAUGUCGACUUAGCUCAGGAGGUAGAGCAGUUGCCUUGUAACCGAAAGGUUGCUAGUUCGUUCCCACGCUCCUCCUAGCUGAGUGUUGAUGUGUCCCUGAGCAAGACACUUAACCCUAACUGCUCCUGACGAGCUGGCUGUCGCCUUGCAUGGUUGACUCUGCCGUCGGUGUGUCAAUGUGUGUAUUAACCGAUGUAAGUCGCUUUGGAUAAAAGCGUCUGCUAAAUGCCCUAAUUGUAAUUGUAAUUGUACCAAAGUAGUACCUUAGGGAUCCCUCUAACGGAGCAGCUGAGCGUGGCGUUGUACCCCGCUAUCACAGAGCGGCUGACCAGCGGGUGGGUGAACUUAGCUGCCUCCGAGAAGUCAUGCUGCUUGUAGUUCGGGGAUUUGUAGCGGCUACCUGGAGAGAAAGAAGUGAAAACCUGGGGAUGAUGUGUCUGUUUUGGCCCUCAUUAUGUCCAGCUCUUUGUUGAGCUAGAGUUAGUCGAAACCAGAUAUUAAGUUACGAAUGAGUUCAGUGGUGAACAAGUCGUCCAUCUCAUGGUGAAGAGAGCAUGAACCUGUGAUUGAUAGCGUUGGUCCAUGUGCAACAAUGCCCACCUGCUUUCUCGAUGUAGGCGCUGUCCUUGGAGUUGCAAGGUUCUGGGCUUAGGCCGACCUGGUUUAUGGCAAGCACUUGGAAAACGUACUCGUUCCCCAUGACCAGGUCAGACACCACGCAGUUGGUACGUCUGUGCUGCUCAAACACUGUGAACCACUCCUGUUCAAGAAUCCACAUGACUCAGUUUCACGUAUCCAUACAUUCCAUAUAUUUUUUAAGCAGCAGGGCAACUGAUCUAUGGAUAAUCUGUAUUUUGAUUUAAAUUCACAAGGUGUAAUGUUGUUUACACCUUGUACAAACAAAGCAGCAUCAUCGAUUUAGAACUACCUGUAAUGCCUUACAUUCAACAGAUAAUGCUCUUUGUCACAUGAUAAUCACAAACACACACACACACUUGUCACUCUGGGGUGCAGGAUAAAUGAAGUGAACCUAAUAAUGAAGUAGUGAAAUAUGACCAGGGGUAUCAUCAGGAGAGGAGGACAAAUAUCUGUAUGGUCGGACAGUCAGCCAAUGUGGGGUCAGUGCUAUGAGGCUAUGAUUAGGGCAUUCCAGGUGGCUCUGUGCUCCGUCAAGCAAGUUGGGGAAGGUGUU